CAUUUUCUCUCUGUCAUUAGGCCUAACGUGCAAACACACCUAGACACGCCUUGAGACAAUCAUUCUACAUGCAUUUGAGGCGCCCGUUUCGUCAAGUAACACUUGGUGAUUAACAUAAAUAACUUCAAAAGUUUUGGAAAGGUUGUGCAUAUAUCGUGAUUCUUAUGAAGAUAAGUGGGCGAAUCGAGUCUGUCGGAUGAGAGGCGCCAGGCCUACAUAUCUUACAUCAUGAAUGGAGCCGAAGCUACCCCUGAUGGGCUGGACAGUGUGGUCAGUGACAAGGAAUACUUGAAGCUAUCAAAACGAAUAGGUCCUGAUUACUUCAGCGAAUUAGGUGUUAAUCUUGGGUUACCAAGUGAAGAGCUUCUACAAAUCGAGCACAGGACCCCUAGUAUCAGUAAUGCAUUUUUCAAAGUUUUCUUGCGGUGGAAAAACAAACAGCAGCCAGGCACAAAUAUCAGGGCUCUACUUGGAGAGAUAUUGGAUGAAACCGAAUUAGGGUCUCUCUCUGGAGACCUAAAAGCCGGAAAUAUACUCCAAAGCAAAGAAGGUUCAUCUGCUACAACAACAGCACUACAAACCCAACCGCUUUCUUCUCACCUUGAAAAGAGCUGCAUAGAUGUAUCAGGGACAGAGCCACUUUCUCAGGAUCUUAUCAAGAUGUGCAGGGAUGAUUUCCAGAGUAAAUACCGAACAGAUCUGUGUAUGAUACGAUCUGAUCCACUCGACCCUGAUUCCGUUGAGCAAAUCAAAGAUAUAUACAUAAACCUUGACCUGGAAGAGGAGAAGAAAAAGAAGAAUACGCCACUUGAAUACAAGAAUCUCUUCAAAAUCAGAAUCAAUGGAGAAUUUCCAACCCGAAUCAUGCUUCAGGGAGAAGCUGGAGCAGGGAAGACAACACUUUGUGCCAAGAUCGCAUGGGACUGGAUAAAUGGCUGUCCAGAUGUUCCCAACUAUGUGUGGGUGCUUGUUGUUCCUUUCCGUGAGGCAAGAUAAAAUAGAAUCGGUCGGUUUGUCAAGUCUUAUCUUUCAAAGGACAAUCCGACAACAGCCAGCCAGAUCACAGAGUACAUCCGAUCAAAUCCAGAAAAUGUAUUAAUCGCAUGUGAUGGAUUAGAUGAGUCUCACAUCGAAGUUGUACAGAAGCGUACAAUUGCUUCAGAAUCAGUAAGCACCCUGCAGGCAGCGUCUGCUGGUCAAUCCAAGGAAAAAGCUGAAUCACUAAUGAAGAAGCAGAGAGGCGACAUCGCGCUUGUGGACAUCCUCCGCUCAGAUGAGCUUAGCAGAUGUCCUGUGUUGGUCACAAGUCGACCCUGGAAGGCCAACGAAAUAAGAUGGAACAGUGUUUUAAGGAAACGCUACACUUUCAUUCGCGUGCAAGGAUUUAGCUGGGAAAAUGCAGAAGCUUAUGUCCGCAAGUACUUUACAGACAGUGUGGCGACAGCCGAUCAACUCAUCUACGCGAUCAAAGGAAAUGGCAUCGUAUAUGAGCAUAUGGCCCCAUAUCCUAUCUACAUAUCAAUGAUCUGUCUGAUGUGGAAAGAACUAGAUUACAAGCAGAAGAACAGGUUUAGGUCAUUGCGAACAUUUUCUGAAAUAUUCGAUUGUAUUUUUACAUUCUUAGAAGGACACUAUGCUCAGAAAGAGACCACAGACCUAGACGAAGCAUCCGUCGAAACAGCUCUCUCCGAUAUCUCAGAGUAUAUGAAACCAAUUGCUAAAGUUGCUUUAAUUGGUCUCCAGGAAAAAAAUCUCAUUUUCAGUGAAGGUGAUUUUGAAAGGUAUUCAGAGUCUGUUGAGGUUGCUUGCAAAGUUGGGGGUCUUGUCGCGAGAGAAAAAGAUGACAUCCAUCAUGUCCGUACAUGAAAAUCGCAGCCGAUAUCUGCAGUCAAAAAUCUUCUUCCCUCACAAACUCUUUCAAGAGUAUAUGGCUGGUAAACAUCUUGCUUCGAUGUAUGGCAGUGAUGGCGAUGAAUUCAACAAGCUGAUUGAUGACGUAGUGCUUCCUAGGAAAGAAGAAUUCAGAUAUCUUCUGUACUUCACUGUAUCACGGGAUGAAACUGUUGCCAACCGUGUAAUACAACGUAUGGUACUUUGUUUCAAACCAGACUUUAGUGAUGAGACACGUAUGACGAAUAGGAGGGAGAGGGACUUCCUGGUAGAUGUUUCCCUUGAGAGUCGAGAUCUGGAAACUGCAAAAAUGGUGAGGCGUAUGGAGUUGAAUAGUGAAGUCCACAUUGGUCUCGAAACAGCAGCGCACACUGUAGCAGGCUUUGAAUUUAUUGGAAUGAUUUCAAAUGCUGUAAGUUAUUUCAUACAUAUAAUGGGGAACUUGAUUAAUUUAAGAUAAUGAGGACGUAUGAAUGCCAGAUAGAAGAAGCCACUUAUUCAUUAUUUCUUUUUAUUCAUUUGCUUUAUAUAUAUUUCCUUAUUUUUUCUUUCUGUAUUCAUAGUUCAUUUAUUAUAUAUUUUUUUUGCUUAUUCAUUUAUUUUUAUUUUUUUGACUUCGUUUGAAACAGGGAAUGGUCCUUCUAGGUCUCACCAUGGACAAUGACAACCAUUUCGUCGUGUGGUUGUCAUACGAAGAUGAUUUCUUGGUCUUUUUGUUGCCUAAAAACUAAAAGGUCGUUAAAUCCAAGGGGGCGGGGGGUGCAAUUCAAUCGAAGAUUGGACACCAUGCGUGACAAUGGGGUUUCGAGAAGCACCCUUAACACGUAUUUUUCCAUGUUUUGAAAAUGCACCCUUAUCAAGUAUUGGCGUGUGAAAUCCUAGCCUUAACAAGUAUUGAGAACAAAACGGUACCAUUGACAAUUAUUCCCUGAAUUGACCCCUUGAAUAAGUACAACGAUAUCUUUAUUGUUAUGUCACGGACGUCGGCUUUUAUUUUCUUCAUUGGGUUAGUACCACCCCCACUCACAUCUCUCGAAUCGGACCCUUAACACGUAAUGUUGGUGUACAGAAGUACCUUCUUAUAUAAAGUAUCUUUUACCCUCGCAAAUUGGACCAUAAAUACGUAGUUUUCCUAGCGAAAUAUAAACCUCUUUUCUUCAU